GGCGGGAGCCCUUAGCGCGGCCUGGCCGCAGGGGGGGGGCGGCGGCCAGGCGGCGGCGGCAGCCCGGGCGGGCUGCGGUGGCAGCCGGGCGGCGCUCCUCGGGCCCGCGCCUCCGGCACCCGGCAGGCACCGGCACGCGGGAGCGAGCUCAGGCCGGGGUGGUCGGGCCGCAGCCCCCGCCCUGCCGGGAGAGGCGGAGGGAGCUGGGCCUGUAGCGGGAGGACGAGGGACAGCGGGCCUGGGCUGAAGCAGGGGCGGCUCUGGCCCGACGUGAGGAAAACCUUUCUCCGUGAGGCCUGUGAGGGCAGGGCAGGGGCUGCCCUGAGCCCCCGGUCCGGCCUCGGAGCCGGCCCUGCGCGGAGGGCUGGGCUGGAGACCUCCCUUCCAGCCAGAACGACCCGUACUGCGAGGAAUGAAAACUAGUACAACGGGGGUGUUACGAAGGACAGCGGGGCGCCCGGCGCAGGGCCGGCGUUCGUAGCUGGUGGCGGCGAAAGGCUUACUCCUGACGCUGUGCGAGUGAGGGGCUUCUUGCGGGAUGCUUUACCAAAACGGCAGUCCGGUGUAAGGUCUAAUGCUUUGCUGCGUGGCCUGUGAGAAAUAGCUGAAUUACUUACGCGCAAACGCUGCUUGUUUUUCCAGAUGCUAAAAGGAUCGUUAAUUAUUCAUGAUUGGUGACAUCGUAGAAACUAAACGAUGCCAACUAAAAGAUCCCAUGGAUUUGUUUCAUUCUGGGCAAGUUGUAAAAAUAUGUGCCCCUAUGGUCCGCUACUCAAAGUUGGCUUUCAGAACCUUGGUUAGGAAAUACAGUUGCGAUUUGUGUUACACACCAAUGAUAGUAGCAGCUGAUUUUGUGAGAUCUGCAAAAGCUAGAGACAGCGAAUUCACAACAAACAAAGGUGAUCAUCCAUUGAUUGUUCAAUUUGCUGCUAAAGAAGCACAGGUUUUGUGUGACGCUGCCCGUAUCGUCAGUCCUUUUGCAGAUGGCAUAGACCUAAACUGUGGCUGUCCUCAGAGAUGGGCGAUGGCAGAAGGUUAUGGUGCUUGCUUAAUAAAUAAACCAGAACUAGUUCGAGAUAUGGUGAGACAUGUACGGAAUCAGAUCGACAACCCUAGAUUUUCAGUAUCUAUUAAAAUAAGGAUCCAUGAGGACUUAAAAAGAACAGUUGACCUUUGUCAAAAAGCUGAAGCAACUGGAGUUUCAUGGAUUACAGUACACGGGAGAAGUGUAGAAGAAAGACAUCAGCCUGUACAUUAUGAUGCAAUUAAAAUAAUUAAACAAAGCAUGUCUAUACCUAUUGUGGCUAAUGGAGACAUUAAAACUUUAAAAGAUGCUGAAAAUGUUCAUCACUUGACAGGAGCAGAUGGAUAUGAAGAGACACCUUUGAAGUGCAUCCAGGACUGGGUUGACAUUGCUCUUGAGCAUGGAACUCCUUUUACAUGUUUUCACCAUCACUUAAUGUACAUGAUGGAACGGAUAACUUCAAAACAAGAAAAGAAAGUUUUUAAUGUUUUAUCAAGUACCUCAGCAGUACUAGAUUAUCUGAAUGACCAUUACGGUGUGUGAUAACUGAAAGUAUUUUAGUUCUGUGUAAACCUGUAUUUUGCAAUUGUCGAUACAUUGUUAAAGUUUUAAUUGGGUUCCUACUUUUUAGUCACAUUCAUAUAUUGUGUAAGUAUUUUCAACACAGCAUAACAUUAUGAACAGGGUGAUACUUUAUAUUUUUAGUAUUUUUAUGUCAGCAUUUUUCACUCCAGAAAAUAUUCCAGAUUCCAAAAACAUGGAAUUCAAUUUAUUUUUUCACCAGACAAUUGCUUACAGCAAUAUGUUUGCAAAACUAAGGCCUUUCUUAACGUGAAACCUCCUAAAAUCAGAAGGACUAGUUGUAAAUAAUACCAAGAAUUUCAGACCAAAAGAAUACAAAGGGAGCAAUUAUGGAAGUUUUUGCUUUAACUGACAUAAGCUGUACUUUUAAAUUUGAGUAGAUUUUUCAAGCUUAAAGACUGUGAGGCCUUGAAGUCCAGCAUAGUAGCCUCUUCUAAAUGAGAUGUUCCUUUUACAGACUCAAACUUUCUAAACUUACAACCUGGAAUAGAUAAGUGAUGACGGAAAGAAGGAAAGAGUAAAAUGAAGAGGUAGUUUAAACUAAGUACAAACUUAGCUGAAUCUAAAAUACAAGACUUGAAAGUUCAAUCUAACUACAUUCAGUUUUGUUUAUCUACUGUAUAAUAAUUAUACAAAAGAUUAAAUCCCUGUCAUCUCCCAAAACAGAACUUUAUAGGUCAAAGAAAAGCUGACAGAUUGUCUCAGUGGGGCUCUUGCAGUCCUUUCUGCCUGCUGGCAUGUUGCUUAUCGAAGCACAACAGACACUUGGCUUUGAAUGUUUGUAUAGGAGGGAAAUAGUGAAAAUUAGAACAAGAUAAUAACAUUACACACCAGCUGCAUUUGUUCUGCAAGGGAAAUUUCACAAAUCUGCAGUACAAUUAUUUGUAAUCAAAUAAUUUGUUUUCUUUAUAUGUUUACACAGAAAUUCAUACCAGAAAUUGCUUAGUUUUCUGACUCUGAUACUUGUAUGAAUAUACAAGUGAAUAGUUCUAAAUUUUCUAAAUAAAUUAAUUUGUA